AUGUCCAUACAGCCACUACCUUUGGAUGUAGUAGCACAAAUCAAAUCUUCUUCCACCAUCACCAGCCUCAAUGCCGUUAUUUUUGAGCUCGUUAAGAAUUGUUUGGAUGCUAGUUGCUCCAAGAUUGAUAUUGUGGUAGACUUCAGUCGUGGAGAUUGUACAGUAGAGGACAAUGGACUUGGGAUAUUGCCAUCAGAAUUUGGUGAAAAUGGAGGUUUAGGAAAGAUCUAUCGUAUGUUGCCACAAGCUUUCUGA